UGCGACGUGUUGAUAGAGAAAUAUGAGGACGUGAUUGAAGACUGGUACAAAGGCAGCCAGGAGGAAGACCUGACCACGUAUUUAUGUGAGAAGCACGUCCUCAAAGGACAGGACACAGCCUGUCUGAACGAGGACUGGACCCCAAAAAAGAAGGGAGACCAGGCGGCUAUUGCAGAGGACAAGAAGAAGAAGAAAAAGAAGAAGGGAGGGAAGAAGAGCGAGGGAGGAGACGGCAGCUCGGAGGGCGAGAAGACGACCAAGAAGAAGAAAGAGAAGAAGGUGAAGAAGAAGAAAAAGAGCAAAGCCGCGGCGGAGAAGACGGACGGAGGGGCGUCGUCGGACGAGGACAUCCAGCCGCCGGUGCCUCUGUCCGGGCAGAAGACGGAGCUGUGACGCCUCCGGACGACCCGGAUCGGCCCGAAACGAAACGCUUAGUAAACGCAGUCUGCAGCGUCUUUGUCCAAAGUGACGUUCACGUCGCUGAUUUUGCUGAAAUGAGGUCUCGUACUGUUACACGCGGUUUCAAAGUGUCUGAAACACGUCGCCGUCUGUGAGAAAUCCGCCCAGGCAUCAACAUUUACGACCAAUUAUCAAACUGAAGAGCUUUUAAAGAUUCAUUUUGUCACUUUUUCCUUCAGAAAUUCGACUUUGGCAAUGAGCAAUUCUGCAAAAACAUGUUCUGCAAAAUGCAAGAAAUCAGCAGAUGAAGAUUUUUUUUUUUAAGGCUGGAAAAAAAG